AUGAGCCAGAAGAGGCUGGCGCUGAUCCUCUGCCUCUCCUUCCUGAUCCUCCUGCUGAUUGCCCUCAUCCUGCUCUUGCGGUUUGGGUGGAACCGGUCCCUGCUCCAUGUCUACUCCAGCGCCGAGAGCCAGUGGCUGCCUGUCUGCAGCAGCGCCUGGAACGACUCCUUCUCCAGGAAGACCUGCCAGCAGCUGGGAUUUCACAGCUCCUCGCUCACGGAGUACGUGCCCGUGCCCUUCCCUGGCAAAAGCCUCAGUGUCACCAAGGAUCAUCUCACCAUCCAGCAGAGCCUCAACAGCUCCAGGUGCCCCACGGGAAAAUACGUCUCCCUCCGAUGCACAAGCUGCGGGCAGAGGAUCGCUGGCCGGAUCAUCGGGGGGAGUGAAGCUCUGGCCAGCAAGUGGCCCUGGCAAGUUAGUCUCCAGUAUGGCAUGAGCCACAUCUGCGGGGGCACAGUCAUCGAUGCCCAGUGGGUGCUGACCGCUGCCCAUUGCUUCUUCGUGAACAGCGUGAAGAUCCUCGACGAGUGGAAAGUCUACGCCGGGGCCUCCGACCUGCUGCAUCCCGCCAAGGGCAUCACUGCCUCCCACAUCAUCAUCAACGCCAACUACAGCGACGACCAGGACGACUACGACAUCGCGCUGGUGAAACUCGCCUCGCCCCUAACCAUGUCGGGGCAGGUCCGCCCGGCGUGUCUCCCCAUGGCCGGCCAGACGUUCCAGGCCGGGCGGAAGUGCUUCAUCACCGGCUUCGGCAAAACCAGUGAGAACAAAGAGAACCCCUUCCCGCGGCUGAGGGAGGUGGAAGUGAGCCUCAUCGACUCCAGGGUCUGCAACGGCAGCAGCGUGUACUCAGGCGAGCUGACCUCCCGCAUGCUGUGCGCCGGGGACUUGCAGGGCGGGAAGGACUCGUGCCAGGGCGACAGCGGCGGCCCCCUGGUCUGCGAGGACAGCAGCCGGUGGUACGUGGCCGGCGUGACCAGCUGGGGGACGGGCUGUGGCCAGAAGAACAAGCCCGGGGUUUACACACAAGUCACCGAGCUGCUCAGCUGGAUUCACAGCAAAAUGGAGGUGAGCUGGCUGCAAGGGCCCAGGGGACGUGCCGCCUCUGCUGCCAGGGCCGUGGGCGCGUGAGCAGGGACUCCCCACAAACGGGGAAGGACGCUGGCAGCUGGGCGCUUGUGCUCGAAUCCCCCGGCAAAGCACAGGCC